CCACAGUUCACGACCCGCCGCCGCUCCCCACCAUCAUUGAUCCUUCUAUUCUCACUCCGUGUGCUGUAGCCUCUGAAAUUCUUUCCUUAUUCUAUACACUGGGACCUAUCUAUCUGCCAAGAUGACGCUCGAGGCGACUAUGAUCAUUGUGGAUAAUAGCGAAAGCAGCAGAAAUGGAGACUACUUGCCAACAAGAUUCGAAGCUCAAGCCGAUGCUAUCAACCUAGUUCAUUCCGCAAAGACGCAAGCAAACCCAGAGUCCUCAGUCGGCCUAAUGAGCAUGGGUGGAAAUGGGCCAGAGGUGUUGGUUACCUUUACCGUAGAUAUUGGCAAGAUCCUAGAAGGACUUCAUCGAACGAAGAUCCGGGGGAAUGCGCAUCUCUCUUCGAGUAUACAAGUUGCACAUUUGGCCCUCAAACACCGAAAAGAACGCGCACAGCGCCAGCGCAUCAUCGUUUUCACAUGCUCUCCCAUUUCCGAAGAUGAAAAGACGCUCGUGAAGCUUGCAAAGAAAAUGAAGAAACACAAUGUAAACGUCGAUUUCGUUGCAUUCGGUGAUCUCGACUCGGACACGGUGAAGAAGCUAGAAGCUUUCCAUGAAAACGUGAAUAGCGGCAACGGGUCACAUCUUGAGAUAAUACAUCCUGGCCCGAAUCUUUUGAGCGACUCGCUGGUUGCCACCCCAAUUAUUGGUGGGGAGGGCAUGGGAGGCCGAGAAGGAGAGGAAGGAGCCAAUGGUUUCGAAUUUGGUAUCGAUCCCUCGGCAGAUCCCGAACUCGCUUUUGCCUUACGGAUGUCCCUCGAAGAAGAGAAAGCACGUCAGGAGAAGGAGAAGCAAGAGAAAGAAAAGGACAAGGCUUCGCUAGAAGGCAUUCCGGAGGAAUCACAGCCACUCCUUAAUCAAAGUGGUGAACCUAGCGGAAGCAACCAGGGUCCGCCUGGUGACAACCGGAAAGACAAGGGGGACGAUGGGGAUAAGAUGGACACCUCAUGAUGGCGUUAUUUAGAAUAGGUUGUUAUAUCUAUCUAGAUUUCUAUGCUCGAUGCAUCCCUGGUGUUAUUGGCGUACGUUUUAUGAAGUUAAACCGAGCACAAUAUUUCGGUUAUAGUGUGCUGCUCGUCCCGUACCAGAGACUAAAUAAAUUGCUUUGAAAGUGUCAUAUGUAUUGCUGGUGCAAAUGGCAACAUCACGGAUCCACCACGCCCUCUAUUUGUUUAACCUCGACUUCUCAA